UGGAGCAAAAGGAGGUUCCAACAGUGCACGAGAGGAGUUCCGGUGUUAAAUCCAAACAGGCCUGCAUCACGCUUUACGUGCGCGCGAGGCGACACAUCCACGACACAGGUUACCAGGGGUGGAAAGCGGCCACCAUGACGACGACAAGCCCCAAACCGCGCGGCAUAGUCCGGGAAGCCACCCACCAGAUUAUCGCAGGAGGAUCCGCAGGUCUGGUGGAGAUCUGCUUGAUGCAUCCUCUGGAUGUUGUGAAGACGAGGUUCCAGAUUCAGAGGGGCACCAGCGACCCCACCAGCUACAAGAGUCUGGGCGACUGCUUCCGUACCAUUUUCCGCAACGAAGGAAUCUUUGGCUUCUACAAGGGAAUUUUGCCUCCCAUCCUGGCUGAGACGCCCAAGAGGGCGGUCAAGUUUUUUACCUUCGAGCAAUACAAGAAGCUGCUGAAUUUGACCCCUUUGUCUCCAGGCCUGGCACUGUCGGCCGCGGGACUCGGCGCAGGUUUGACUGAGGCGGUCGUGGUCAAUCCGUUCGAGGUGGUCAAAGUCAGCCUCCAGGCCAACAGAGACGCCUUCAAACAGCAACCGUCCUCGUUCGCUCAGGCCAGACGCAUCAUCAAGACCGACGGCUUGGGACUGAAGGGUCUGAACAAAGGACUGACGUCCACUCUGGGACGCCACGGAGUCUUCAACAUGAUCUACUUUGGCUUCUACUUCAACGUCAAGGAUGCCAUCCCCGCCAACCCGGACCCCACCUUGGAAUUCCUGAGGAAGUUCGCCAUCGGCCUGACGUCCGGAACCAUCUCCUCCUGCGUCAACAUCCCCUGGGACGUGGCCAAGAGUCGCAUCCAGGGCCCGCAGCCGGUCCCCGGCCAGAUCAAGUACCGCACCUGCUUCCAGACCAUGGCGCUGGUUUACCGCGAGGAAGGGUACUUGGCGCUCUACAAGGGCUUGGUGCCAAAGAUCAUGAGACUUGGGCCAGGCGGUGCCGUGAUGCUGCUAGUGUACGAGUACGUGUCAGGAUGGCUGCAGAGAAACUGGUAAAAGACGCGCGCAUGUCAACGUCCGAAAGCAAGUGGCUUGGAUGACCUGAAUACCUCCAACGGAAAGGUAGUUUUCUUUUUAAGAAGUAUUUUCAACAUGAGUCCAAAUGUAUUAACACGCAUGCAGUUUUUCAGUUGCACUUGCCUUUUUAUUUU